UUUUGAAGCAUUUCCUGUUAUUGGAUAACGAUUGCUUUACAAUUUAGCAAAAUAGCUCACUAAGCAUACUUAAUACGUAAUUGUGAUGGACACGACAAGUAUUGAUGAUGUGGAUGAUUGACCUCUACCUUUGGCUUUGACCUUUUGCAUCAGUGUUGUCGUAACUACCACUAACUCUGACAAACUUGACAGUUCCUUAAAGAAUUUGAAGCCAUGGAUGAAGAUGAUGAUAUGCACAUUUGUUUGGUUUGUCAGGCAACAGUGGUAGGACUUAUAAAUUACGUCAAUCACAAAAAGUUUGAAUGUCCUGGAAGAAAAAAUGCAGACAAAGGUGGAAAGACGACGAAACAAGUGCAAGCUGUACCCCAACCUACAUACACACAAGGGGAGACUACUACUCAGUCUUUUAUGCAGUUAUUAUCACCAACUGAUAGUCAGUACUCACAAUCUCCCAUGUUUUCUAGUCACCUAGAUAGUCCAGCACAAAUUACUACCAGUCAACAAUACCUAGAUAGUCCAGCACAAAUUACAACCAGUCAACGAUACCUAGAUAGUCCAGCACAAAUUACAACCAGUCAACAAUUGUCUCAGUCACCGAUGCUUACCACUAACCAACUGUUUUCUGUGAGCUCUUCUCCAAGCCACGGAGUAGCUUACACAACUCAGAUCUCAUUUAGUGAUGAGAUUGGCCCUGUGAUGUCAUUACAACAAAAUACUGAUCUUCCAUCACCUCCUGCAUCCGGUAUGAACAGUAAUGAAAAGGUGUCUACAUCCCAGACAUCAAACCAAAAUUCAGCCAUCCAGACCAGCAGAUUAAGCAGCUCAUCAUCACAAGUAACACAGUCUCUGACAGUUGAUGCCAAUGAGCAGUAUUUAACACUUCCUUCAGGAGGUUUUAGUCCCUCUGGUAAUGUUGUGAAUCCAAAUGUUGUCAUGAGCUCGGAAGGGUCCGAUUUCUUUUCUUCCUUAGCAUUGCAAAAGAAAAGUGAAAAAGUUGAGACACAACAGAAUGAGAAUAAGGAUAGCCUGACAGCUGACUUGCCAAUAUCUAACAUACUCAAUAGUUUGGACUUGUAUGAUGAAGAUUUAGAUUUUGUGUUUGCGGAUGACAAUUUUCUGCAAGAUGCUUUCACUGACGAAUCUGAUGACGACAGUUUUCCUCCACCCAAUCAUACUCACGGAAAGUGGAAACCAGGAGAGGGGCCUUCACAUCACUCUAAAGUUUUAUGGCAGCCAGGCCGAAGACCAAUGCAUCCAUCAAAAGGGAAAUGGAGGCCUGGUGAAAUGCCCGGAAAGGCAAAAGGCAAGUUAAAGUCUCAUAUCCUGGCAAGACAGCAAGAAAAUGCAAAAGUAGAAGAAGAGAAAGCUCAAACAAGAGUAGCCUAUAAGAAAAGAGAGGAAUAUAAAUGCCAGUAUUGUGACAUAACAUUUUCUAACAGGUUUGUUUUUUCAAGCCAUUGCCAGAAACCAGAACAUAAGAGAAAUGUUUCAAACUAUGAUAGAAUAGAAGAGGCUGUCAAGAGUCUUGAGGUAAUAGAAUGGAAAAAUGAUACCGAUGAAAGUAAGAAAAUUAAACUUGACGAAAUAAAAGAAGAAAGAACAAGUCCGGAUAAUGACAAUAGGGAAGUUUUGGAUGAAAAUAAAUCUGUCGAAGUUGAAACACCAAGUAGUGAAGCAGAGGAGAAGAAACAUGAACCUCCUAUUUAUGUAUGUUCUAUCUGUGACAAAAAGUUUAAUAGCAAAUACACUAUGGCACGUCAUCUUUUGUCUACUUACCACAAAAAUCAUACAAAAGGAAAUCCAGAUACCAUCAAAGUUUUAGAACAAUAUCACAAAUAUAUAGUAUGGCUAAGCCCUUAUCAAUGCACAAUUUGUCAAUUUUAUUUCAAUAGAAAUGAUGAUUUCAUGGAACACUUGAAGUCUGAAGAUCAUCAAUUGCAGUGUGAGAGUCUUGAUGGUGAAAUAAUGUGUAGCAUUUGUAAAUUUUGUUGUCACGAUAAUGGCUCUCUUCUUCAGCAUAUUGAAAAUAAUGGCAUACAUAAGCAAGCUGCAAAGAAAGGAUGUAAGCCAUGUAUAAUCAAAGAAAAGAAUUACGAUACUGUAUGCAAAUAUUGCAAGAAGAGUUUGCAUUCUAAAUUACAUAUGAAAAGACAUAUGAGAGCCCAACAUUUCAAAGAAUAUGCAGAAUAUGAAUCAACAUGCAAAUUAUGCAACAAAUUUUUCUUCGAUACUUACACAUACAAACGUCACAUGUCCACGGGUCAGCAUAAAUUACGAGCAGAACAAAGAAAGGCAUCAGGAAAUACUGCUCCUGAAGAAGAGCCAGAGGUCUUCAAUGAAGGAGUUAACAGGACAAGAAUUAAUCGAAAAGUUGAAAAGCCAUAUAAAUUGGCGAAAAAGAAUACGAAGAGUAUAAAUAAAAGCUUCAAAUGUGAAUAUUGCGACUUUGUUGCAUCACAGUACAAUGAGCUGAGACCACACUACAUGGAAAGUCAUGCAAACCAUGUGUUCGUUUGUGAAUUGUGUGAUUUAACUUUUAUAACAGAGAAAGCACGAAAAGUUCAUUUUGCUGGAAUCAAACAUCAAACAAACUUGAGAAAAUCUGAAGGAAAUCCUACCUCACUGAUUCUGCAAUGUGAUUAUUGUGAUAGAAGAUUUGAGGACGAAAAAUUGAAAUUAUUUCAUACAGAAGUUUACCAUUUACAUCCAAAUUCAGAAGAGUCUUUGAAAGACAAACUAGGCCGGGGAGAUGUGACAUCUUUGAUGUAUCGCGAAUUCCUGUCAACAAUUGAUCAAGUAGAAGAUGAAAGAAUUCAGUGUCUGGAAUGUCCGAAGACCAUCAUGAAGGACUACAUUCUUGAACAUUUACGGUCACAUUCAGGGGACAAGCCAUAUAAAUGUCGUUAUUGUAGUUCAGGUUUUGCAGCACCACUUUCUCUGAGAAGACAUUUAAUGUCACAUGUAGGUUUGGCCGAUAGAAAAUGUGAAAUUUGUGGUAAAGAGUUCAAGAAAUAUGGUUCUUAUCGAGAACAUAUGACAAAACACUGCCUUGAAGAGAACAAUGCUAGCAAACUAAUUUGUGAUGUUUGUGGACAGGAAUUUCUAUUACAAAAACAAUUGAAUACACAUAUGAGAAGACACGGAGAGAAAAAGUUCAAGUGUACCUAUGAAGGAUGUCGUUGGGCAUUCUAUUUAUACAAUGAACUUAAAGCUCAUUAUAGGUCACAUACAGGUGAGAGAGCUUAUCUUUGUGACAUCUGUGGAUAUGCUGCUGGAACAAAAAAUCGUCUAAACCGUCAUCAUCACACGCAUACUGGAGAAAGAGCCUACCAUUGUGAAUAUUGUAAUUACAAGGCUGGAACACGAACUCAUCUCCGCAGACACAUGAGAAUACAUAUAGGUUCUAAACCAUACAAAUGCCCUUAUUGCCCUUAUUCUUGCAAUACACAUGAGAACAUUAGAAAACAUAUAUCCAAAACCAAGAAACAUGCUGGACUGCCAAUCUAUCCAUGUAAAUUUUGUGAUUAUGGCACGAGUAAUACUGUUGAUUUCCGUUUUCACUUAGAACAGAAACAUAAAGGAGAAUUCAAUUUUAAAGCAAGCGAUGGAUUAGCUAUCAUUGCUGGAUUGUACAAAAAGGAUGACGAUCCAGACAAACCUUUAGAAGGAACAGAAAUAUUCCAGGUACGGGAAAGAAAGAUCAAAACUGAGAGGCAGCCUCGUCAAAAACAAAAGAAACAAGCUAUCCAUUUUGCAGAUGCAAAGUAUGAUAUCCCAGGAGAAACCAAAAUUGAAAUUAAUCAGUAUCAGGUAAACAAUGAAGAUUUCGACAAUCAGACGGAAAUAGUGGAUGUUCAUGUUACACAUGAGCAGUGGCCAGCCUACACAACACAAGCAAAAAUAACACCAAUUUCAUCAGACAUGCAGUCUUACCAGAAUGUAAUUGAACCGAGUUAUUCCGGACAGAUAUCUUCUGUUGGAUAUUUUAUGCCAGUUACAACAUCAAAUACUGUCACUGUAGAAAGCUCAUUGAUUCCUCAACCUCCUGCCUUACAAGUUGAUGUUGUAGCUAAUGGUAUUAAAUUUCACUAUGAUUAAAGUAAGACAAGAAUUCUGAAAGCAGAACAUUCCAGUUAAUAGUUGAGAUAAAAAAGGAAUGAAAUAAAAAGGAAUUUUUUAGUGAAAAUUUUACUCUUAUAACUAAAAUGUAUAAGCAGAUAUUUUGGGUAUCAGAUGUGUGACAUUAUCAUGAUUAUAGGUAGAAUAGAAUUGAAACAUUAAGAUGCUUGUUUUAAUAUAGAAAUUAUGUUACCAAGUUUGGCUGUAUUUUUUGUUUGUUUGUUUGUUUGGUUUCACCAUGUUUUUUUUUUAUUAUUUUGUUGAUUUUUGUUGAUUUUGUAAUUAAAAAACAAACCCUAGUCCAUGAAAUACAUGUUCAAAUAAUGGCAAUAAGUAAUUGGCUCCAUGUUAGCUUAAUUGUUCACCUAAGCAUUGUCAUCUUUAAAUAAGUUUUGCUGAAAAUAUUUAAAAUGUCACUCAAUCCCUGUAACAUCAUACAGACCUCAGUGUGGUAAAUUUUAUGAAGAACUUUUGAAAGCUCUAUAUACAAAUUACGGGACUGCAUCUGGUCUAUUACUAUUGGUAUUGUAGCAUAUUAAAGGGAUAACAUUACUUUCUAACUUUCAUCAAAUGAGCAUUUAAAAAAAAUAAGUUUGAAGAGAUCAUUUUAUUAUAUAACACACUGCAAUCAGGUUUAUUAUUUACCGUUGAAUAUGAAUUUAAUGGAAUAGAGGUUAUGUUUAAGACUGUUCUAUUGAAACAUACAUGAGGGGAUGAUAUAUUUAUAGCAAGUCUUAGAAAUGAUCGAGCCAAAAAUCAUUGUUAUGUGGUGCAUGGAAAAUGAUGUUUGGGAAUAAUUGGGUACCAAUAAAUAUAGUGUCUUUAAUCUAUGCAAUAGCACAGAGAAAAUAUACUUAUAUAAAAUGAAUUAAGAUAAUGUGUGUUUUCCAAAUUUAAGUAAGGUAUAAGUAGUACCUCAUGUACCCUUGUGAGAAACAUUUAUCAAUUCUGUCAAUUAUUUCAAGUCUGUACCAUGUGUACAGACAUAUGAACAUAAACAUUUGUUGAUCAAAAUAUUCAAUUUUUUACACAAAUGUUAUUUAUUCUCUUAGGUGUUUAUUUUCACUUUGAUGUUUGUGUAGAUCAAAGAUGCAUUAAUUAAUUUUUUUAAUAGAUAUUUCAGACUCUCCUGCGACUAAUUUCCCCAAAAAAAUAAAGAGAAAAAAUACUUGUAAGUCAUGAACAUUUUAGUAUAACUUGGAUUCAAUUUUUUUUGUAAGAUUUUUUGUGGAAAGAGCUCCUGAGUGAUAGGCGAUGAGAAUGUUAAAAUAGCUCCUAUGGCUAAAACCGAGUGGAGUCCCUGAUGUAUGUUUAGAUAGAACAACCCUGGAAAAUAUUUUCUGAUAUCGCAAUGUUUUUAUGUUAAUGCACACACACAAUAGGAAAAAUAUUUUUCUUUAAAAUUAAAAAGUUUGUUGGCUGCAAUUAUUAAUUACCGUAUGCUAGUGAAUAUGCUUGAAAAUUAUAUUUUUUUGGCUCAAUUUUUAUACUUUUGCUUGAAAGAAGUGGCUUAUUGUAGAUUUAAUUUGUUUUAAAUAUGUUGAAAUCAAUUUCAAAAGGGCAUUUUCAGAAUAAUUACGAGUUAUUUAUAGACUAGGAAGCAUUUAUCAUGUUUAUAUUAUAUAAGGACUUUUAAGGUGCUAUGGUAUAUAUGUAACAAUAGGUUUAUCCUAGAGAAUAAUUAUCUGUGGUAAAAAAAUUAAGGCAAUAAGUAAUGCUAUUUUUGUUAUUGGCAGGGUUUUCACUAAGAUGAGUCCAUGAGAUAGACUUUUAAAAACAAGAAUGAGCCUACUACUUAACAGAUGAGUCCCAAGCUGCAACUUAUUUCUUUGUGUUAGGGCUUUGAUUAUGUUGUUAUUAGUAUUGUCAGAAUUGAGCACUGGUCAUGACCAGAAAUUGUCCAAAAAGAUAAAGAUACAAACAAGCGACUUGGUACAGGCACAAAUUGUGGUGAGGUUAAAGCAGUUUUAUGUGGGCAAUACAUCCCCAUUUUUUUGCCUAUUUAGACCAUAUGUCUUUUAAAAGAAAGAUACACACAAAAAACCUCCACAUUUCAACUACCAACAGGAUGACCACUGACUUGAUAAGAAAACAAAUAGCACAUAAAAAUAAUUUGGAAAGUAGGAUGAAAAUGUGUUUGCCACUAGUGAAAGCUAGCUAAAGUAGCCAUGGCUGUGCCUGUUCAUUCAUUUGUACCUGCAUUUUGUCUAUGCAAAGUUUGUCAAUGAAACAAAAUAUUUAGAAACUUAUGGCAUUCUGCACCUAUUUUAAUUUUUUUUUCAAUGAAUGUACUUGUUUCAUGCACAUAUAAAUAUAUAAUUAAAUGAUAUAGAAUGAAAACUCCUUGCCUAACCAUUUUUCUUGUGAUAUUAAUAGUUUCAUAAGUGAUUUACUUUCUACGGAAUUCAAUUGCUAAAUGAAAUGAUUUUUAUUAAAUAUGUAUUUAUUAAUAGUUUUAUUUCAAAACAAGUCGAAAACAUCAAAUCAGUGAACAUUUUACUGUUAUUUUGUUAUUUGUUUAGAUUUUCAAUGUCAUCAUGUUAUUGUAAUUGUCUUUGGAAAUACAUACCAUGUACUGGUAUUAAAGCAUUUUGACAACAAACAAUAUGAUCCAAAUUAGGACAAAGUAUGGUAGGGUUACUUUUUGGCUAAAACCUUCAUAAUUUUUCAAAAUUAUCAGAUUUAAAUCUGAAAUUUUUGUUUCAAAAGUCAAAUGAUUAUGCUUUUUAAAGUCCAUCUCUUUCUUUAUACCAAAUCAGUGUUUCAUGUUAAAACUCAUCUGCCCAAGUAAAUAAAAACUUUAUAUAUUCAGAAGACUAUGAAAUCACAGCCAAAUUUGCAAACUUUGUUGGAAAAAAGUAUGAGGGGAUGUUUGACAAUUAUCUGUGUUAUGCUAUUUCAUUGGCAGGCUUAUUCCACAAAUAGUUUGUGAACUCAUGAGUAUCACACUACUUAUACUUCUAUUUAAUAUUUAUUUGUUUGACAUACAUCUGAACGGAUUUUUUCAACUAUGAAAAUUUUACUCAAAAGUGACCAGAAAAUAUGGAAUGAGGCUUUGGCCAAAACUUGUUCUUAUCAUACCAUAUAAAAAUAGGAAGAUAUUGUAUGAUUGCCAAUGAGACAAAUCUCUGCCAGAGACUAAGUGACGUAGGAGCUUAGAGCUAUUUUCCUAAUGGUUGCAAAAGUUUGGUUGGCUUGCUUCCUUUGUUUCAAUAAAUGUUUGCUCAAGCAUUGUAAUUAAGAUUGACAUCUGCAAUCAAUAGAUAGGCGGGACUUCAGCUUGUAUACAUUAUACAUUUGUACUUAUAAAUGUAAUUGGAUGUUCAGUAUAAUGCAGAGUAUAAUGUAUACAAGCUGAAGGCCAACCUAUCUAUUGAUUGAUGUCAAUCUUAAUUACAAUGCUUGAGCAAACAUUUAUACAAACAAAGCAAGCAAGCAAACCAAACCUUUAAACUACAAACACAGGAAAAUACAGCCUUCAACAUUGAGCAAAACCCAUACUACAUAGCAAGCUAAAACAGGCAAAUAAAAGGUUUUUUUUUAUAGUACCAAUAGUUUGAAUUGGCAUGUAUAGGCUUGAUAUAAAACAAAAUCGAGAAUUUUCCUAAAAAGCACUUAUAAUAUAUCAAAAAUUUACGAAUUUUCUUCUUAAAGGGAAGGAUACCAUAUAUAUUGGUGCUACAAUAUUCAUGCAGGGAUGUUUUAUAUGAAUGUGUGUAUAAUAUUGCUUAAUGAUACAUUGUAAUGUGAUUUAGUGUGCUAUUAUUAUGUAAUUUUUAUAUAAUUUUGCUUACAUUUUUUGUUGAUUAUUUGAAAACCAUGAGGACUUUUGAUUAUGUGAAUAGGGAAAAUGAAAAAAUUACAUCUUGCACAGUAUCAGUUAAAGCUGUUUAUGUCUUUUGUUAUUAUGUAUGAAAAUUAAUCAUUAUUUAAGGAUUGGAGACUGCCAUUGAGGGCCUCAUUUAUUGUGAAAAUUUUGAUUGUGAAAGUAUGAAAACAAAUUAUUAAUGAGAGAAUGAUAACUGUGAAUUAUUUGAAAUGAAUUAUGAUUUCAAUUAAAGCGUUAAUUGCACAAUAAAAAUAUCUAAAAAGGAA